UGCCUACUACCAGCACAGCUGCUCCGUCUCUAACGAGGCUUUCGGCACGUUGUCGGCGGAAGAAUGAUGCCGACAUAAGCAGCGAGGCAAUACACAAACAAACAAAAACAAAAAAAAAAAAACAUAUCAGGACUCGGUGCUUCGUAGCAAAGCCUUAUAUUGUUUCCGUUUUAUUUUUUUCUUAAUUUAACGGAAAUGGUGGCACGCCAAAGACAUUUCUCCAGCGGUAGCGACGACAGCCGCGGGGCGGCGAACAGCAAGCGUCAUCCUUCAGUGUCCGCUGAAGCUCGCCCCCGGUCCCAGCACGUCUGCAGCAGCUUGCCAACGUCCCCUUAGGACCCAAGGUAACGAUGCCUGCGGAGCCUGUGUGCCAUGACUGCGUAGAUGAUUUGGUGUUCGAGAUCUUGCAAGCGAAGAACUCCUCCAAAAGCUCCUGAUUGCUGGUUUUUAUCUGUGUCGUCUUCACACUUCCUGGCUUCUGCUGUCGCUGGGCACUUCCUCACCUCCUCCGUGAGAGGCAGGAUGUUGGUAGCUUUUGCAGAACCUUACUGAAGAAAAGGCACCUCACCUAUUUUUUUUUUUUUUUUUAGUUUUCCUUUUUAUCAUUAUUUUUUUUUUUUUAGACUGCUCCAUACAUAAUCGGGUCUUCGCAUCAAAGACGAGACCUUCGGCCUUUUCAGAAGGCACCCUUACCUCCCCUUCGCCCCCGCCCAGUACCAUGCUGGGCGCACUCUUGCUGCGGAGGAACAUGUCCCAGAAGCUGAGUGUGCUGCUGCUGGUAUUCGGGCUGGCGUGGGGACUGAUGCUGCUGCGCUACACGGUGCAGCAGCCGCGCCAUCAAAGCAGCGCCGAGCUGCGCGAGCAGAUCCUGGAGCUCAGCCGGCGAUACGUGAAGGUGCUGACGGAGGAGAACCAGAACGCACCAGGGGGCCCACAGGGCACCUCCAUGGCAGGAUACGCUGACCUGAAGAGAACCAUAGCGGUGCUGCUGGAUGACAUUCUGACGCGGUUGGUCAAACUGGAGGGGAAAAUCGAACUGGCGGCGAAUUCCUCUUCAACAAACACGUCCCACGCAGCAGCGGGCGUCCCCGCCGGCCUGCGGAAAGCUUUGAAGCAGGAGUCGCCGGGGAGCCACCCUGGGAUGUCGCGUCUUCACCCACACAUCCCUAAAAGACCUCGGCCACAUUAAGACGCGGUUCCUUUGCCGUCGAAGCACCACUCCAUCAUCGCUCGCCGGUGUGUCAGCAUCAAGCGAUUAAGUAGCAAUAUAGAUAUUCACGGACAUCCUGAAUGCCUAAUUCAGUCCAGUCGGAGAAAGAAAUUAAGGACUUGUUGUUUUUUUUCUCCUUCUGAUACAUUCAGAUUGUCCUGGUCAUAUUUUAUACUAGCAUUGCAGAAUUUGUUUUGCCUACUUUUCUUCUUUUUUUUUUUCCUCUUAACCAUGCAACUUUUGAAUUUCAUGACUGUUAAAGUAAAUGCAAAGAAACCAAAACAAAAAGCUGAAUAGUUAAUUAGAUAUCGGGCUAAAAUGCCUCACAGUUACAUCACGAAUAGCUUUCCACUACUGCGUCAAGAAAUACUGAGCUCAACCAUACAUACACUCAAGAAGAGGAGGAAUAGCUGUGUUUUAGUGCUUUUAGGAGGCACGGUUAAUGAAGAUUCUUUUAGCUUGUGAUUAUUAAGGACGAAUAAAGUUUGCUCUUAAGAAACAACCCAAAGAAUAUUUUUUUAGCACUUCACUCAAGGCAAUAUAAAUGUGUGCGCGUUGCUCUGCUGCUGGGGCGUUCAUGUAGGAUGACGGGGACGCUGUCCGUCCGUCCGCCGCUGGAAACGUCUCGUCUUGAGCGCGCGGGCUCGCCAUAUCUGCUGAAAUCGAAAUGAGUCCCGCGUGCCGUUUUGGAGCCGUUUCAAUUCAGACGAUGAACAUUGAAUGUACUGCGCCGUCUGUAGAUCUGUGUUGUUCAGGGUUCAUAUUGCACUGUGACUAGAGACUUUCUAAAUCUACCAGGCUCGUCUGACUCGCGUUUUUAGACAUGUUUAAAGGGGGAGUGGAGUAUUUCUGGAAUGUUUCUGCAGGUCUACCCCUCCUGUAGUCGCUCUCUCUCUCUGUAAUGCUGACGGACUGGUAAAAUACCUCCACCGGUUCAGUCAAGUCGCCGUUUUAGAGGCGAGCAACGCUUCGGCCGAUGCUAUCAGAGAGUUUUGUGUGACGACGAAUGUGAUUAAUAAAGGCUUUGCUUCAUUUUGUUGCUUGAGAAUUAACCAUAUUGAGCUAAAGAGUCUUAAAUUAUUCAGCGGUCCUUUGAGAGAGACGCUGUGAUUGCUUCAUAAUCUUAAAGUGGUGUAUUAGAUUAGCCGGCCACUUUGAGGAGGAUUUCCUAAUAGCUUCGUAGAAAUCGAUCGUCUCCUUUUUUGUUUUUUUAAUCCGUUUUGGACCAGAUCGGCCACAUUGUUCAUGUCUCACAUGACGGUUACUGUUUCUCCUCACUUCAUGGUUUUUAGUUGAUUUGUAUUUAUUUUACAGCACAAAAUGAUUCACCUCUUGAACAACAAACUUAAAAAAAAAAAAAAAAUCAUUUUAUUGUGAUUUUAAGCGACGAGCCAACACAAAGCAUUGCAUAGUUGUGACGUGGAAGGGAAAUGAGUCCUUGAAAUAAAAAAUCCGAGAAGGUAUCAUGCAUUUGCAUCAUCUGACUCCAUAGCUUCCUGAACCACCGCCUGCAUUUACAGACUUGGUCAGAUUGAAUGGACAGAGUCUUUGAAUUUGGCGUUUAAGCGUGCAGCCCAGUUGGAAGGUGAACCUCCACCCCGGCUGCAAAGCUUGCUGCCUCUAACAAGCUCCAACCGUCUUCCCGUCAAUUCUUACCACCUCCCCUGUCUGUCGAACGUAUCCCCGCAGCAUAACGCUGCCGCCACCAUGUUUUACCAUGUGGAUGAGGGGUUCAAUAUCAUAUCGUGACCCGGGAGGCCAAAACAUAAAUUCUUUGGACAUGAUCCUUUUCCUUGCAUUUCAUAAUUUUAGGCUAUUUUGUGUUGGACCGUCGUAUAUAUUGAAUUACUUUUGCAAGGCCGUACGUCUAAAAAUCUGAUUCUCUGAUGUUUUAACAUGAAGAUUUGUCAUUAAGUUUUGCAAAAAGCAGCAGAAUCCAUGUUUUAGGUUCUGAAUGAUUGUUCCGGUACGGUUAUAUUAAAAUGUAACUACACCUUCUUUGUAUUUUAAGCAAUCAAACUUGGAAAAAACGCUGGAAGUUUUAAACUGAAGGGGACUUUCUCCUCAUCCGCACCUCACAAAGAAGCUUUUAAGUAUCAUGAUUAAAAACCUUCAUGGACAA